AUGUCUGCCUUACAGCACCACACCCUCCUCCUUCCAAGGCCCUCCUCUCCCCGCCAUUUCCAUCCGCCCCAUAGCUCCCACCGCCAGCCGCUCAUCACAAUCCGAUCUGCCGCCGCGACCACCACACCGUUCAAGAACAACCCGAACCAGAACCAGAACCAGUUAGCAGCAGUCCUCCAGCCACAACACCGCACCCCACACAUAUACCUCACCACAACCGACCCCGGCCUGACCUCUACAUGGAGCCACCGCGCGUGGCUCGCAACCGGCUGCGCCGCCGUCCUCUUCUCCCUCCUCAAAGCCGCCAUCCUCUCAGCCCGUACCCGCACCUGGCCCCAGCCCUUGCUCGCCUGUUACACGGGCUACGUCCUCGCCGACCUCGGCUCGGGACUCUACCACUGGGCCAUCGACAACUACGGCGACAAAACGACCCCCGUUUUGGGGGCCCAGCUCGAGGCCGCCCAGGGCCACCACAGGUGGCCCUGGACCAUCACCCGGCGCGAGUGCGCCAACAACGUGCACGCCCUGGCUCGCGCCGUGGCCUUGUCGGUGCUACCGUUGGAGGUGAUGUGUAAUAACCCGGCCGUUCUCGGGUUUCUCGGGACGUUCGCCGGGUGCGUCAUGUUCUGCCAGCAGUGCCACGCUUGGGCUCAUGGUACGAGGAGCAGGCUGCCGCCGGUGGUGGCGGCGCUGCAGGACGCCGGAGUUUUGCUGUCGAGGGUGCGGCACCAAGGGCACCACCGGCCGCCUUAUAAUAGUAAUUAUUGUAUAGUGAGUGGGAUGUGGAAUGGAGUUCUGGAUGAGAACAAGGUGUUUGAGGUGUUGGAGAAGGUGGUUUAUGUUAAGCUUGGAGUGAAGCCUAAGUCAUGGAGUGGGCUGGAUUACUCUGCCACGAUAGAAGAAGAAGAGGAAGCUCAGAUCGAUGAUCACACAAUGAAGUCAGAAUUGCUCUACUAA